UCUCUCUCUCUCUCUCUCUCUCUCUCUACCGCCACCCAUCUCUCUCUUUGUCUCUCUAAAACAAUCUAUCUCUGUGGUGUUCUCUCUCUCUCUCUCUGUGAAAGAGUCUUUGGUUUUGUAGAGCAAACAUGAUGGCGAGGGACGAGUGGAUGAGAGCGGCGAUGACCGACGACAUGGUUGUGGUCCAGCUCCUGGUGCGGUUGAAGCAGUCACAAGCGGCGUCGUCUUCUUCUUCGCUGAAAUCUCCGCCUAGAGCUGUGGUUCCGCUUCGGUGGGGGAUAAGGCAGCCGCGUUCCAGGUCAGCAACGUUGAGAUGCGACGCCGCCGUUUCGCGGAGGAAGGAUGCUGAUUCCACGAGAUGCAGCCCUACCACUCCUCUCUCUUGGAGCGGUGGCGCCUCCCCUUCCGCCACCGCCGAUGACUCCACCAGCUUCCACACCUCUCUCUCUUACGCCGCCACCGCCAGAUCCAAGGGUACUGCUACAAAUGAAUCCACCGCUACCAAGAGGACAAGAAGAAAAAAGACAUUUGCUGAACUCAAAGAGGAGGAGAGUUCUCUGUUGAAUGAAAGGAUACAAUUGAAUAAGGAGCUAGAAACAUUGCGUGCAACUUUUAAGGAACAGAGUGCCAGGAACGAGAGCUUUAAGAAAAUGAAGCUUGAUUUGGGUUUGCAUUCUGCAAUGAAUCUGAGUGCAAGCCAGAGAGUAGGCUCUUCAACCUUAACGGUACAAGACACGAAUGAUAAUCGGCCGCAAUUAGAUUCCUGCGAGGCAGACAAGGCUGCCUCCACCGGCUGUAGUAACUUAAUGCUUCCUGAUCUAAAUAUGGUGCCAACUGAGGAGGAUUCUGGCUCAGAAACUUUAUAUGGGAUGAGCUAGAGGAACACACAAACAAGUUGACUGCUUGUCUUCUCUUCACCAAACCACAUGGCUAUAAGACUAAGUUACUAACUAUCAAACGGGGUCUCUAUGUUUAUUGAAAACAUGAUCUGCUGGUACAUUGCCAAGGGGGACACACUUCUGUGGAUGUAACUAUAUAAAAACCUUGGAUGAAAACACAGAUGCAUGAACUUGUCAAUUCUUUGCAAGGCAAAACCAAGUUGACAAAGUCAUGGAGAAAAGAAUUUUUGAGGGUAGUGUAGCAAUCCUAGCCAUUAGGCUUCAGAAAUUCUUAAAUUUUUUAGGGUUUUUUUUUUUUUCAUUUUUUUUUAACUUUCCCCCACUGAAAUUUGUUGGGGUCUCGUUUCUCCUUUCAGAAUUUUAUGUAGACAUAGUUGUGUUAUUCUUUGUAGGUCAAAGAGCUCUCUCUUUUUCUUCUUUUUUUGGCCAAGGAGCUGUCGGACUCUUCCCCUGGGGGUCCUUCAAGUCAAUUACGAUUUUGUUCUUCUA